CGUCUGUCAGUUCUGUUUGUGCCGCCGUCGCCGCCAUAUUGUCAUUUUGUUGUGUGCAAAAAACGCGUUCCGCGGAUCUUCAUCUCACCGGUGUGAAAAGAGUGGUGGAAUUCCGCUGGAGAAAGAGUGUCCCCCCUUUGGUCGGUUCUCUUGUGGACGCGCUAGGCAAAUAACGGUGCGCCGUCGUCGCCAUGUCGAACAUUGUGCUGGACAAGGAUUCGUUUUAUCGCCGGAUAAAGCGGCUUUACGCCAACUGGAAGGAGCCGGAGUUUAGCCACGAUGACUCGCUCUCCAAGGUGGACUGCAUCGUGACGGCGGUCGGAGUGGACGAGGAAACGAUCUACAGCAAAUCGACCUCGCUCCAGACCUGGCUGCUCGGGUACGAGCUGACCGACACCAUCACGGUGCUGUGCGAGAAGGCCAUCUACUUCCUGACGAGCAAGAAGAAGAUCGACUUCCUGAAGCAGAUCGAGCGCGAAGCGGAGGAGAACGUUCCGACGGUGAAGCUGCUCGUGCGGGAUAAGAACGACAAGGACAAGGCCAACUUCGAGAAGCUGCUGGAGGCGAUCAAGGGCUCGAAGGGGGGCAAAACGCUGGGCGUGUUCAGCAAGGACAACUUCCCGGGCGAGUUCUGCGAGACGUGGAAGAAGUUCCUGAAGGAGCAGUCGUUCGAGUCGGUGGACAUUAGCGUGCCGAUGGGGUACAUCAUGUGCGCCAAGGAGGACUCGGAGAUCAUCACGAUCAAGAAGGCGUGCCUGGUGACGGUGGACGUGUUCAACAAGUAUCUGAAGGACCACAUCAUGGAGAUCAUCGACGCGGACAAGAAGGUGAAGCACGUGAAGCUGUCGGAGGGCGUGGAGCAGGCGCUCACGGACAAGAAGUACGUGAGCGGGGUGGACGUGAAUCAGCUGGACAUGUGCUACCCGGCGAUCAUCCAGAGCGGGGGGAAUUACAGCUUAAAGUUUAGCGCGUUCAGCGACAAGAACUAUCUGCACUUUGGAUCGAUCAUUUGUGCGCUGGGCGCGCGGUACAAGUCGUACUGCUCGAACAUUGUCCGGACGUUGCUGGUCAACCCGACGGACACGAUUCAGAAGCACUACACGUUCUUGCUGAAUUUGGAGGAGGAGCUGCUGAAGGUGAUGGUCCCGGGGAAGAAACUUUCGGACGUUUACGAGUUUGGGCUGGAGUACGCGAAGAAGGAGGAACCAAAGCUGGUCGAUAAGCUGACCAAGACGUUUGGGUUCGCGGUGGGGCUGGAGUUUCGCGAGAACUCGAUGAUCAUCGGGCCAAAGUGUGCGGCAGUGCUGAAGAAGGGCAUGGCGUUCAGCGUGAACGUGGGCUUGUCCGGGCUGGAGAACAAGGAAGCGUCGGACAAGGAGUCGAAGGUGUACGCGCUGUUUGUGGGCGACACGGUGCUGGUGAACGACGAAUCGCCGGCCAGCGUGCUGACGCAGUCCAAGAAGAAGAUCAAGAACAUUGGCAUCUUUUUGAAGGACGACGAUGACGACGAGGAGGAAGAGGAGGAGGUCAAAACGAAGAAGGGGCCGGAGAUUCUGGGACGGAGCGGAAAGCGCUCGACGGUGCUGGAGAGCAAACUUCGUAACGAGCAGAACUCGGAGGAGAAGCGAAAGCUGCACCAGAAGGAGCUGGCGAUUGCGCUGAACGAGAAGGCCAAGGAGCGGCUGGCGAAGCAGGGUGACGGAAAGGAGGUGGAGAAGGUGCGCAAGUCGACGGUGUCGUACAAGGGAGUUAAUCAGAUGCCGCGGGAGGCGGAGGUCAAGGAUCUGAAGCUGUUUGUGGAUCGCAAGUACGAAACGGUAAUCAUGCCGAUUUUUGGCGUUCCGGUACCGUUCCACAUCUCCACCAUCAAGAACAUCUCGCAGUCGGUCGAGGGCGACUACACGUAUCUGCGUAUCAACUUUUUCCACCCGGGUGCGACGAUGGGCAAGACCGAAACCGGCAUGUACCCAUCACCGGACGCAACGUUUGUUAAAGAAGUGACCUACCGCUCGACCAACAUGAAGGAGCCGGGCGAGAUUGCGCCGCCGUCGUCGAAUCUGAACACCGCGUUCCGGUUGAUCAAGGAGGUGCAGAAGCGGUUCAAGACGCGCGAGGCCGAGGAGCGUGAAAAGGAAGAUCUGGUCAAGCAGGACACGCUGGUGCUGUCCCAGAACAAGGGUAACCCGAAGCUGAAGGAUCUGUACAUCCGGCCGAACAUCGUGAGCAAGCGUAUGACGGGUUCGCUGGAGGCGCACGUCAACGGCUACCGGUACACGUCGGUGCGCGGCGACAAGGUGGACAUCCUGUACAACAACAUCAAGAACUCGUACUUCCAACCGUGCGACGGCGAGAUGAUCAUCUUGCUGCACUUCCACCUGCGGCACGCGAUCCUGUUCGGCAAGAAGAAGCACCUGGACGUGCAGUUCUACACGGAGGUCGGUGAGAUCACGACGGAUUUGGGCAAGCACCAGCACAUGCACGAUCGGGACGAUCUGGCGGCGGAGCAGGCCGAGCGGGAGUUGCGCCACAAGCUGAAGACGGCCUUCAAGAGCUUCUGCGAGAAGGUCGAAGCCAUGACGAAGCAGCAGAUCGAGUUCGAUACGCCGUUCCGAGAUCUGGGCUUCCCGGGGGCUCCGUUCCGCAGUACGGUGCUGUUGCAACCCACUUCUGGUUCGCUGGUCAACCUUACCGAGUGGCCUCCGUUUGUGAUCACGCUGGAGGACGUCGAGUUGGUACACUUUGAGCGCGUUCAGUUCCACCUGCGGAACUUCGACAUGGUGUUUGUGUUUAAGAACUACAACCAGAAGAUUGGCAUGGUGAACGCGAUCCCGAUGAACAUGCUGGACCACGUCAAGGAGUGGCUCAACUCGUGCGACAUCCGCUACUCGGAGGGCAUCCAGUCGCUCAACUGGGCCAAAAUCAUGAAAACCAUCGUGGACGACCCGGAGGGCUUCUUCGACAACGGCGGCUGGACGUUCCUGGAUCCGGAGUCGGACGGCGAGGGCGCCGCCAACAGCGAAACCGAAGACGAGGAGGACGACGCGUACGAACCGACGGACGACGACGACCCGGAAGAGUCGGACGAUUCGGAGGACUACUCGGAGGCGUCCGAAGACGACUCGGCCAGCGAUGAAGAUCUGGGCUCGGAAGAGGAAUCGGGCAAGGACUGGUCCGAUCUUGAGCGUGAAGCCGCCGAAGAGGAUCGCAACCGGGAUAAGGACGGCUACGCCGAAGAACCCAGAACCAAGAAGCGUUCCCACCACAGACGUGAUCGCGGAGUAGAGUCCGCAAAAAAGCGGUCGUCCGAAGGACACGGAAGCUCCUCGAAGAGCAGCAGUCGCGACAAGCACCACCACAAGGACAAACACGGCAGCAGCAGCGGCGACCGGCACAAGGAUAAGCACCGCAGCAGCAGCGGUGGGGACAAACAUCGAAGCAGCAGCGGCGGGGAUAAGCACAAGAGCAGCAGCAGCAGCAGUAGCCACAAGCGGUCCCGCGACGACAGCAGAGACGGCUCGUCCCACCACAAGAGUAAAAAGUCCAAGAAGUGAGCAGCGGAAGCGGAAGGGCGUGAAUGUUUUUGAAAAAAUCCUUUUUAAACAAUUCUCCAAAUACACAAACAAACACACAGACAGAAAAAGAGAGAGAUUCACACGAGAAAUUGAGUUUUUUCUUCCUCUAUUGUUUAGAAUUAGCUGGCUAAGUUUAUGUUUUAAAACCUCAGUUGUACAAGCGUCGUUGAUGGGUUUUUCUUUUCCAAUUGGGAAAAUAAUGUUGAGAAAAUGAGUAAGACACUUCAAAAACACCCAUAGUUUUACAACCUAAAAAUCACACAUAAAAACAGUGACCGGAAACAGUUAAUUUUGAUAAGAAGCUGGAGAAAAAUCAGCUGUAGAGAUUAGGAGCUCGAAAUAAAACUGAACAACUUUGACUUUCAGAGAAAAAACGGUUGCGUGUAUCCCGGGGAGAGUGUGAUGCUGGAACUAAUGAUUACAAAAAAAUAAAUGUCAAUAGUAUUACAGAAA